UUUCAAAGAUGUCGGUGCUCUUCGCUCUCCUUCUUUGCCAGGUCGGGACGAUUUUUGCAGGUACGAUUUUACAUUAUCACUCUUCCUUGUCAGUAUGAAAUAGGAGAUUAUCUUCAUUCUCUAGAACACAUGUGAAUGUUGUUUUGCUUUCGAUGCACACACCACAACAUACAAAGGCAGAACAAAUCAUUUAGAUCGCUUGUAUUUAUUCGUGGUCAUUCCGUGACUAUCAUGCUUGGUAAAUACUGCAGGUAUUUUCACACAAUCUCACCUGCUAGCUACUCAAAAAUCCUAAAUUAUGAUCCACAAACCAUCCUUUCAUGUAUAGACAAACAAAGUUCCCUUUGAUCGCUUUUGAAAGUUUAGGUCUUAACGGCCGACGUUGAUAAUAAUAUAAAUCUCGAGUGAAGCACCGCGAGUUUAAUUUGAGCAAACGUAGACGCUCAUUACCAUAGACUGCGAAGACGGACAUUCAUCGAAAACGAAAAAAUACUUAUAACUUUACAGCGAUGAAACUGAAAAGGAUGACCGAGCUUUUCCUCUUGUUACUUUCAUGAAAAUAAUGGAAGCAAGCAAUGGGAAAAGAUAUCGAAAAUCUGCGAAUGUAAACAACCGGUCCCAACGAUCCACCACCGGUCUCAAAAACCCUGGAUAAACAUACUGCUGGUGUUUGCCCUUGUUAUAACGUUUUCGAUUGCACUACUUAGAACGCUUUCAGUGCAUAGUUCACGGUUCGAAUUGUGACGCAACUCGAUGCAUAGUUUGAUGAGUCCCAGCAAAUUUAAGGCUUUUAUUAUAUCGUGUAACCUUAGUGGCUUGCUUGGCAGCAAUUGGUUAUUUAUGAUUCAUAUUGAAAAUGAAACCUCGGUAACCGAAAUGGACAAGAGGCGCCUUUCCGUAACCUCUGAAGCUUCGUUUCCGUUAUCAAACACACUGUAGCCCGACCACCGGGAUCUCGGGAACAGUGUUACCGUGAUAACUGCAUUCUUCCUCAUUCGAACACUCACCGACACAUUUCGGUUUUUGCAGGAGAGAAGAAUUUUGGGCUAGUUCAGUUGAAGGGGUAUCUAGAAGCUUGCUUAUUUGCUGUUGUGUAGUCGAUCUAAAUCUUUCUUGUGACCCUUUUCAUACGACCAUUUACUUUGAUUACACCCUCUCUAUUUAUUUCGUCGUUUGUCUUUUAAUAUUUAUUUUACUGUACAUAAAUGUAAGCCAACUUGAAUUCCCAUUGAUCUGUUUUUCAUUUAACCUUUAACUCCCAGAAGUGAUUAACAAGUAACUUCUCCCCAUAAUAUCCAUACAUAAUCCAGUGAGCAGGUAAUAAGAAUACUCAAAGUUAUCAGGUAGUUGUUAUCUUGAUCUAACACCAAAUUCUCGUAACUAAUUUACAAAGAAAUGUGUAGUAGCUAGAGGGAAAAAUGAACAGUUAGAUCUUGGGAGUUAAAGGUUAACUAUUACGCUGCAAAAUGACGCUAUCACCGUAGGAUUACGGCGAGGCAAAGCGUUGGAUUGUCGAGGGUGAGGGUAGGGGGUGGUUGGUGCAAUUUUUUCUUUCGGUCCCAGCCAUUUAAAAUUUUUUAAGGCGAAAAUCUUAAUAAUUAUUUCUUGACACCUGGAUUUGAAUGCAAAACUCUUUUCCUUUUUCCGUGUGGAGAUCUUAGCGUUCUAUUUUUCGAUAAUCAUUUUCAGUGAUUAUCAAAUCCAAAAGGUUGAUGUGGCCCUCGACUAACAUCCUAUAUCUCUGACUCAAAACUGAAAUCCUCUUAGUAAGCCUCAGAGACCAGUAGCUUGUACCGGUUCCUAGUUAAACAAACAAAAUGGGAAAAUGGACAGGAGAAUUGUUUCUCGUCAUACUCAAAGCGCGCAGCUCAGCCGAAAAGAGGUGCAUCGCACCGUGUCACGCAUCUCGAGUGUCCCUUGUUACUGGGUACGCAGCAUCUAAAGGAUGUUUUCAAAAACGUUAUGGAAUACCACCCGUAAGCAUAUUGACAACCAUGCGCAAAUUGAACUGGGACUUCUCAGCAGCACAGCGCUGUUCUUAUAUUUUUUUUACAGGAAAGACAGAUGAUCUUGUCCCAUAUCUCAACGCCCUUCAGUUCCGCAAUGGUCCUUCGUUUGUUUACGCCAAUCAGAGUUUUGGCUUGCAGCAGUUCUGUGUGUUAUAUACUGAACCAGAAAACGUUUCUACUAUUCGAUUUGGCUGGGAUACACUGGGACUAAGAAGCUACUUGUUUCAAAACCCUGGCGAUCCAAAAAUGCAGCGGUCACCUCCAAUGGGUAUGCGUAGUGCUGUUCCACUAGGAGGCCUGGGUAAGUCAGACCUUGAAGUUAUAUCAUACGAAACUUGAGAAAAAAAAACCUUCAAAGUCGUUUGACAUCAUCAGGCCCCACAGUCUUUGCCUCGCAGUCCGUCUCGUUUGGCACGUGAACGUGAAAUCAAUUCGGUCGUGCGUUGUUAUGCCUGUGCAAACCGUCAGUGUAAUAUCUAUCACCAUACUUGAUUUCUACGUUUCAAGGAACGGGAUCAUUUGAGCUCCGAGCAGAUGGUUCAAUCCACGAGUGGACGAUCGAGAACCAGACUCCUGCAGGUUCAGCGAAACUGAGUCAGGAGGCCGUGGAUCUAGCCGUUUUUGGUGUCCGCGUGCAGACAGGUACCUCAAGUAAAGCAGCGCUGUUGCGUACUCACCCUCCCAAGGGCUAUCCAGGUAACUGAAUGUCUGCCUACGAUGCGUUGACAUGAACACGACGUUAUCGAGAAUCCAAGGCCAUGUGAAUAGCUAUUUCAAUCAAAGUUCCGAAUGUAAUCUUGGAGGUUUACAAUGUUGAACUAAGGCUUUGGGAUCAGAAUGUAUGUCGUGCAUUCGGUUAAGGUACAGCAGAUUAGGCUCAAACACCCUUUACACUCUAAAAUCAGUAUGCAUAUUCUCCAUACUGUUCUUUAUACAUUUCCUAGGGCGCUAACAGGGAGAAUUUGUUUACCAAUCAAAAGCAUCUUUCUUUGGUGAUCAUUUCCUUUAUUCUCAUGACCUUAACGUGUGAUUUAGGUGUGAUAUUGUAUGGAGAAAUUUGAUGCUCGUCACUCUUAGGGUUUAAAGGGUUAAUCCAGCAUCUGUAAGCUACCGUCAUUCGAAAACAAUAAAAAUUAUAAAAUCAGUGUUGCUUGGCAGCAAGUAAUUGUCAAAAAUAAUACAAGUUGUGUUCGUGUUUGCUCUGCUCGGCCCUGAGAUUAGUACUAGAUUGCAAAACUAAAACGAAUAGUGGCUUAGUCUCUUGUGCUUUCCCGCGCUCAAAGCAGUUCACUUUUAUCAAUUCAAGUUGAAAUUCUCAUCGGCUGUUUGAUAUUUUCUUUUUCUCUUGAUUGGCCGUUUGGACAAAACUGGUUUAAGACACCCAAUCAAAAUGCAUAAAAAUGAGUGCAAUUCCGUCACCGUGGUUUCCCCCAUUGCUCUUUGUCAGAUCAGACUCGUCCUCUUCUGACUUCAUUUUUUCUCUACUCCGACAGGUGUUGCUUCCAUGGGUUAUUCUGGCUCAUUCCCAGUCUCCAAGCUCACCGUAAGAGAUGAACAGUUUGGGGACGUUGGUCUGGACCUUUUUGCCUAUUCGGCUUUAAAACCACGUGAUUCCAAGACGUCAGCCACCCCCGCCGUGGCGUUUACAUUUCGCAUCAAUAACCCAACAGAGAAAACUGUCAAUGUUUCAUUAAUGUUUAACCUACCGUUAGGAAUUCAAACAGACACAGCUAGACAAGGGGAAUCAUACAAAUAUAUACAAAUGUCGACAGUUAAUUCCACUAUUUGUUCUAAGGCUUGUGCCAGUGAUCCUAAAUGCUUCUCAUGGCAAACAGAAACAAAGAACAAAACAUGUUUACUCUUUAAUAAAACUUUCCCUCACUACUGGAAGCCGGGCUUUACUUCUGGUCAAAAGAAUACGUGGAAAGCUCAUGACUCAAUGCUGACACUCAAUAGGCCUGGGAACUACCCUCAGAGUGGAAAUACAACCAUUGUGACUGAGAAAUCGCAUAGCCCUUCAUUCAUGGUCAGUGAUAGUUUUGGUCAAAUCUGGAAACAGUUUAGUACACAUGGUUAUCUGCAAUCAACAGCUAAAUCAUUUGGUGGUGGAUUUCAUGGAGCCACGGCUAUUAAUGUUACUGUAGGGCCUGGUGACGAAGAGACACUGACGAUGGUCUUAGGAUGGUAUUAUCCGAACAGAGAUUUCACAGGUGUGCAGUGAUUCCAAAAUGUGUUUUACCGAAUUAUGCUAUCAUUUUUUAAUUCACCCUUUUUUUUCAGUGGAAAUCGUUGGUAAUUACUACAGUAACAUCUUCAAAUCCAGCGAGGAAGCAGCUUUACUUGUUUCAAGUGACCUAGCUUCGACUCUGCAGUCCAUUUCUUACUGGCACUCGUCAAUGAUGAUUGACACCACCAAGGAAUCGGUCCAGACCCUGCCCGAGUGGUUACAAGAUGUUCUUGUGAAUGGUUUGAGUUUCUGGCGCUCGGGGCUGUAUCUCCGUGAUGGAAGAUGGCGUCAAUUUGAGGCUCUAGACUGCAUUGAUAUUGAUUCCGUCCAUAAUGACUUUCAGCGAGAAAUACCUUACGUUCUUUUUUAUCCCGACUUGGUCAAAAAAGUGAUGCGAGCAUGGGCGAAGUACCAAAGUGAGGACGGUCAUAUUGUGGAAACACUAGUUAUGGGUUGUUAUUCGCCAACCAGAAAAAUGGACAGGUAAGUAUGAGCACGGUGUGGCUGAUUUUUCAGCAUCACAUUUUAUCAAAUGUUCUGAAGUUGCUGGCUAGCACACGCUGCGACUCUGACAGCGACUUUCUGCGAACAAGGCUCAGGUAUUCCGCGAUUUGUAGUUUGCAGUGUGUUGAUGUUCCUAUAGUUAUAAAAUUAAUCUUUAAAGGUAGACAACACAGGAAUAUCAAGGAAGGAAAAAUCCAACGUCUUCUUCCUUUAGCACUGUUAACAUUAACGCAUUGUCAAAAAGCGAUAGAAGUAUUUCAAGUGAAGCGUUUUGUGGCCUUUUGCCCGAACUUGAAUUUAGCUUUUCUCUUCUUAGCGGGCCUCCAAACCAGCGGAUAAUGGGGGACGUGACAACAGUAUUCAUCAUAGAAACAUAUCACAUCUACUUGUGGACCAACGAUAGUCAAUUCUUAAGGGAUUUAUGGCCGCACGUCGUAAAUGCACUUGAUUGGCUGAUUUACAAAGGCACAAACGGUACUGGGUUACCCUAUAAACAGCAGUGCACAUACGAUAUACAGGCUCUAAACCUUUACGAUCACAAUGUGUUCAACAGUUUUAUGUAUGUGCUUUCGCUGCGGGCAGCACAGGAAUUAGGUAGAAUCAUGCAAGACUCGAACGUAUUGAAGGAAGCUACGAUUGCCAUGGAGUUUGCAAAAUAUGUUAUCUCGGAAGAACUUUGGAGUGAAGAAGAUGGUUACUAUCAUGCUUGGUGGGACAAAGAGCUUGGAUCGCCUUCAUGGCUGAUGAGUGAUUCACUAUACGCGCAAGUUUGGGCCUACACUUUAGGUCUUGGACACUUAGAUGAUCCAAGAAGGUAGGUUGUGGAACUUGUUAGGUAUGUGUUGUGUUGUAAUUUAACACAUGGUUUAUCCUGCACAACCAUACCCAGAUAUAAGGGUAGCGUAGCCGGGAAUUUUGUGGUAAAAGUUUCGUUAUACAAUAUUCAGCCUACUGCUUGGUUGGAAAUGCUUAACUUUGUUAAACUUUGUUUAGGCUAAAAUUGCAUUUGAACAAGGAACUUGAAAUUAACGACACUCCAUAUGGUCUGCGAGUGAUGUUUACUGGCCACCCCACUAACAAGAGCGUGGGCUCGUGUCCGCAAGACAUCUCACCGAGUGACUUAAACAAACAUGUAGCUAUACGCGAGUCAAUUUGGGUUGGCGGCAGUCCUGACUGGACCACUCUGCAGAUUCACCUAGGUAAGGUUAGGGUCCAAUAUCCGGUAAUAUUCCCAAAUGACAUUUCUCAUUUUCCAAACCUUGCUUCCAUUAAGAAAAAUCUUCGUUAAAGUGUAAUUCAAGAUAUGAGAGCGUGUGGCGGUUGUCACGGAAAAAGGGACAUGUCUGUUUGUUCCUUAAGUCGUAGCAGAAACACUGAAAAGUGAGUAUCUCACGCAGCAAACAAUAAGCGGUUUGUCAGCACUUUCCUGCUCGUUUCAAAACUAUUUGAAAUAUAAUAAACACAAUAGCCUCCAUGUGGUGCGAAAAUAUGAUCGUGUAAAGGAUAUUAUUGUUCCUGUGAGAUAUAUCGACUCUCACAGUUUUCCUCGAGCUUCAUUUUCGGAAAAACUGUUCACAUCUUGGAACAGAUUAAUGUCCACCGACAAAUAACCGUGCACAUUUUCGCGCCAGAUGGCUAUUGUCUGUAUUUACGGGGGAUGUGGUUGUUUUGGGUUCAGAAUCGACGUCUUUACCAGAAACUAAUCAGUGAAAAUAAAUAGGGGAGUGCACGCCUGCCAAGCGGACUGAUCUGUUGCUAAACUUAACUUCUGCGCUUUAUCUCUGAAAUGUUAUCCGAUUACCAAUGCUUGUGUGUGUGUUUUUACAUGAAAUCCACAAACAAAAUCUCGAAGUUUCCAAAUAUCUGUGCCUAAGAGAUCUGACCAGAUUGCAUUACCUAUGACCUCUUCCAUAGCCAUAAUCAGGGAGGUUCCGAUGUGUCCAUUUUUGAGAAAAACGUAUAAUUAUUAUCACUGUUUCAGUUUUGAUCACUUUCUUACCUAAAACAGGGGACAGGUGUUAUGACACUAAUGAUUAUCACUUAUCAAAGUGACAGAGUUCUAACAAAAAUGUAACUUAAUACUUGGUGUUGUUUCCUCUAUGUAAAUCAAAUUUGUUUUGGUUAAAAUCCAGGUGUUGACCCGCAGGAUGCCUCACUUCAAGCACAGAAAGCUAUAGACCACGUUCGUUCCGAGCUUAACGACCAAUGGGAUUUUCACGGUCUCUAUUCAGGGUCUGGGUACGGUCUUGAUGGUCUCCCAUGGUGUACCUCGCACUACACUUUCCACAUGGUACUGUGGCACAUCCCUUUUGCGAUCUCGGGCCAGUACUUCUCAGCGCCAAAUGCUACACUAACAUUUAGUCCUAAAUUCCUUUGCCCUUACAAAAUUCCGUUUUACACUCCAUUUGCCAUAGGCACUUUGCAAUGCUCUGUCAUAGACAAAGAAGCAAUGAAGUUUGAAAUGAUGUCGACGUCAGGUGAUAUUUUCUUGCAAAAACUUGUGGUCAGCGGAUUUCAGUACCCCAAGUCAGUCAUGUUGAAACAAGGCGAAGAGAUCAUGUGGCUAUCACAGGAUGACAUCUUACUUUAGGAGCACUCCUCAACACUCGUUGGGCUUAUUUCUCAGUUAGCGCC